AUGAGUAAAGCACACCCACCUGAGCUCAAAAAGUUUAUGGACAAGAAGCUUUCAUUGAAGCUGAAUGGAGGCAGGCAUGUGCAGGGGAUCCUCCGCGGCUUCGACCCCUUCAUGAACCUGGUGGUGGACGACUCUGUGGAGAUGGGUCCUGGAGGACAGCAGAGCACCAUCGGCAUGGUGGUGAUCAGAGGAAACAGUAUCAUUAUGGUGGAGGCUCUGGAGCGAGUAUGA